CGAUCUGUCAGCAAAGGAGCGCACCACUUCGAUCCCGAACUCGGCUCGCGGAUCCUCUUCCACUUUGAAAAGUUGAGUUUUAAGGUCAGUCCGGUGCGAACGGUAACCGUGAGGCGGCGAAAUGGCAUUAUUCCGAGUAACUGCAUCGCGUCUCGCUGAAACAAAUCAGGUCCUUCCAACACUUUCCAUCCUCCUACGCAACCUCAGCGAUGCCUCAACAGACCUCAAGAGCGUUCUGGAGAAGAAGAUCCCAGCUGAACAGGAACGAGUCAAGACAUUCCGCAAAGAGUUUGGCAACAAAGUUGUCGGCGAUGUCACCGUUGACAUGAUGUACGGCGGUAUGCGAGGCAUCAAGGGCCUGGUGUGCGAGACCUCCGUGCUGGACGCGGACGAGGGCAUCCGCUUCCGCGGCUACUCCAUCCCCGAGUGCCAGAAGCUGCUGCCCAAGGCCCCCGGCGGCACCGAGCCCCUGCCCGAAGGUAUCUUCUGGCUCCUCAUCACCGGCGACAUCCCCACGGACGCUCAGGUGAAGGCCCUCUCCAAGGAAUGGGUGAACCGCGCCGAACUGCCGUCUCACGUCGUUACCAUGCUCAACAACUUCCCCAGCCACCUGCACCCCAUGUCCCAGUUCAGCGCCGCCAUCACCGCCCUUAACUCUGAAAGCAAGUUCCUCAAGGCCUACAGUGAGGGAGUUCACAAAUCAAAGUACUGGCAGCUGGUGUUUGAAGACUCCAUGGACCUGAUUGCCAAGCUGCCCGUUGUGGCCGCCACCAUCUACCGCAACAGCUUUAAGGAUGGAAAAGGCAUUGGUGCUAUUGACACCAACCUCGAUUGGUCUGCCAACUUUGUAAAAAUGUUGGGAUAUGACAACCCCGAGUUCAUUGAUCUCAUGAGAUUGUACCUGACCAUCCACAGUGACCAUGAAGGCGGCAACGUUAGUGCUCACACAGUUCACCUUAUUGGUUCAGCUCUUUCUGAUCCCUACUUGUCCUUUGCUGGUGGCAUGAAUGGUUUAGCUGGUCCUCUCCAUGGUCUGGCCAACCAAGAAGUGUUGGUGUGGCUGAUGAAGGUAAAGGAAGCUCUUGGUUUGUCCCCAACUGAUGAGCAGCUGAAAGACUUCAUCUGGAAGACACUGAAGGGAGGACAAGUUGUACCUGGGUAUGGUCAUGCUGUGCUGCGCAAGACUGACCCUCGUUACACAUGCCAGCGCGAGUUUGCUCAAAAGCACCUGCCUAAUGAUCCUCUUUUCAAGCUGGUGGCUCAGGUUUACAAGAUUGUGCCACCAAUCCUAAUGGAGACUGGCAAGGUGAAGAACCCAUGGCCUAAUGUUGAUGCCCACUCUGGUGUCCUUCUUCAGUAUUACGGCAUGAAGGAGAUGAGUUACUACACUGUCCUGUUUGGAGUGUCUCGUGCUCUUGGUGUUCUGGCCAGCUUGGUAUGGGACCGUGCUCUUGGUCUUCCUCUGGAGAGGCCCAAGUCCAUGUCUACCGAUGGUCUGAUGAAGCUUGUGAAGAAGUAAAGAUCGCAGCUUUAAUUCACCAACCAAACCCAAGGAAAUCAUGGGUGUCAAUCCUGGUUCUAUUUUAUUUUUCUUUGUACUGGACCAAAAACUAGCACUACUGCUGCUUUUAGGUGUUGUCUUUUACCCCUAGCAGAUGGAAUAUUUUUGGGAUGGAAGUGUUCUAGUGCCGAAGUAAUUUUAUCAAUUCUGCUAGCAUCCCUGUGGCAAUGAAAUCUGCCUGAUGACAAGACCUGUACUCAUCAAGUGUUCUCAAGUAGUACUGUACUUCAUUUUGUAUUUAUUUGUCAUUUGUAAAUACUGCGCAUUAUUUAAGGUAUCCUGUGUGUUGAAACCUGUAUGAGGUGAUAAUGGUUGGUGAGUCAGACUUGUUGAAGGCCUCUCAUAGGAGACUAAAAUUUGGAUAAUUAACAUUUGUAAAAUAGUCUCAAUUUAUAGCCAGUGAGUUUUAGGCUUUCUUUCUGUGUUUGUAAAUUGGCUUUAUUUCUCCCCCUUUUUAUCUUUAUUUUUAUCUUCUCCUUUGCUCCACAUUAUUUUAUACUCAAUAUCUCUGUACCCCGAGUUUGGCCUUCUACGAUCUGUCCAAUCCUGUCUCUUUUGUGUGUGUGCUUUAUUUAUGACCUGAAUUGGUUAGCAAGUUUUGUUGGGAUCGGUUCGGUUCUUCCCUCCCAAUGGGCUUAUCUAAGCAUUCUUAUUUAUAAUGUAAAUUAAAUCUAAUUUAUUUUGAAUGGGAUGUUAUUGUCUUAAAUCAGGCCAUGUCCAGCUCUGUUUAGAACAUCAUUAUAUAUCCUUCUUCUGUAAGACUUUGAGACAGAAGAUCCAGGUCGGUCUCAAUUGGUAUCAAUUAAAACUGUCUCCUUUAUUUAUGGAAUAAUAUAAACGAAAGUGUUUUAAUUUCUCUUUGAGUUUACUGAAACUGCCAUCUCUUUUUGAAAGCUCUUUAUUUUUAAAGUGCUGAAUUCCCUCUGAAAGUAGACUUAUUGCUCACUGUUGCUGACAUUGCAAGCAAUAUAGGUUGGUAAUAUUAGUUUUCCCUGGAUAGCUUAAUUACCCAGGAUUAUACUAGUUAAUUUGGAUGUAAAUUUUGAACAUAGACUAUUGUACACUUGUCUUGUACUAUUACAAGACAGGCAUUUGUAUUUGUGGUUGUAUUCAAGCCAAAGCAGUGUGAUAUCCUUAUUUUUAAAGGAUUUUAAUCUUAUGAUUUAACUCAUGCCAAAAGUGAUCUUUGGCUUGAAGUGAAUGAGGACAAUAUUACUGUAUUUUCUCUUAUAUUUUCAGAUAUUCAUAACAUCAAACUGUCUGGAAGUGUACUUAAACUUGUUUUUACUACAUCAUGGUAUUAAUUACCCGAACCUAACCGAAUUACGUAGGCAAAGAAUUGUUGCUAUACCAUUGCUUUGGUUUCCAACUUUUUUAGAACUCUGGAGCAGCUGAUUUGACCAGGUGCAGUUGCUAGUGCAAAAUGUGAGUCUUUCAGAUUCCCUACCAUACCAUCUGGAGUAGUUAAGGGAAUUAGAAAUUGUUUAUAAUCUUUUUUAAAAUAUUGGACAUAGAUUGUGAUAGCAAGAAGUAGAUGGCUAAAACUCUCCUUCAAAUUACACAUUUGAAGUGAUUGAGAUUGUUGACGAGGUAGCUGCUAUUUAUGUUCAGACUUGUUCAAAGUGAAACAAAGUUAGUGAUCUGUAAUGUUUAGCUUCCUAUGUCAUGAAAUAAAGCACAGUUGACCUGAUA